AUGGAUCGAGUAGGAAAAUUGGCAUCCCAAAAGGCAGUGGUGAUUUUCAGCAAGAGCUCAUGCUGCAUGUGCCAUGCAAUCAAGAGACUGUUUUAUGAACAAGGGGUGAGCCCGGCAAUUUAUGAGCUCGACGAAGAUUCUAGAGGGAAGGAAAUGGAGUGGGCUCUUAUGAGGCUAGGGUGCAACCCCUCCGUGCCAGCAGUGUUCAUUGGGGGCAAAUUUGUAGGCUCCGCAAACACGGUGAUGACCCUUCAGCUUAACUGCUCAUUGAAGAAACUGCUCAAAGAAGCUGGAGCUAUAUGGCUUUAG